AUGAACGGAAAGGCUGUUAGGAAGUCGAUUGCACUUGCUUUGGGGUUUAGGCUGCUUAACUCUAACAAAGCGAACUUAAAGAUGAAAGCAUGAAGAAUAGGUAACGGUAGUGUAUGUAGGCUAUACCCCUACUUCAAGUGAAAUGCAUGUUGCUGGUUAUAGAACAACAAACGUUGAAAUGAAGAACUCUUCAUAUAUCCAUGAAACUGAAGUGGACGUUGCAUUGGAAGGACUCAGGCCUAUUCCGAAAUAUCAUCUUAACUGCAAUGCGUCAUUGUGGACAUGUUUCUGGUGGUUAUGAAUGGUUAUGAACACGAAAGAAGAGUGAGAAAUAGCCUAACACAUCAAAAGCAUAUACUUCAAAUUGCCAAGAACACCUGCGUGAUUCAAUGGGAACUCCAUGGGCAUUUUGAUUGACAAAAAACAACGAAAGGCAAAAUCUGCAGGGGGAGGAGGAAGGUAAACUGUUAUGCAAGAGGAUUUACAUUUCUUCAGUCAGAGAUGAAGGAAAAGUCUAAGAAUGCUGCGAAGACAAGACGAGAGAAAGAAAAUGGAGAAUUUUAUGAACUGGCGAAAUUAUUGCCUCUGCCCUCUGCGAUCACCUCACAACUGGAUAAGGCGUCAAUCAUUCGGCUUACCACCAGUUACCUGAAGAUGAGAGCAGUGUUUCCAGAUGGUCUCGGGGAGGCUUGGGGUCAACCAUCAAGACUCAGCCCUCUAGAUAGCAUGGCUAAAGAGCUGGGAUCCCAUCUGUUACAGACUCUAGACGGCUUUGUAUUUGUUGUUGCCUCAGAUGGGAAAAUCAUGUAUAUCUCUGAGACCGCGUCGGUCCACCUUGGCCUGUCCCAGGUGGAGUUGACAGGAAACAGUAUAUUUGAGUACAUUCACCCGUCAGACCAUGAUGAGAUGACUGCAGUCCUCAGCGCCCACCAACCUGUCCCCCAUCACUUUCUUCAAGAAUACGAAAUGGAGCGUUCCUUUUUCCUCAGGAUGAAGUGUGUUCUGGCCAAGCGUAAUGCAGGACUGACGUGUGGUGGAUAUAAGGUGAUCCACUGUAGUGGCUACCUUAAGAUCCGACAGUACUUGAUGGAUGUGGCGAUGUACGACUCCUGCUACCAGAUCGUGGGGCUGGUGGCGGUGGGCCACUCCCUUCCCCCCAGCGGCAUCACAGAGAUCAAGCUACACAGCAACAUGUUCAUGUUCCGGGCCAGCCUGGACCUCAAACUCAUCUUCCUGGAUUCCAGGGUGGCUGAGCUGACAGGGUACGAACCCCAGGACUUGAUAGAGAAGACUCUCUACCAUCACGUCCACGGCUGUGACGUGUUUCAUCUGCGCUACGCUCACCAUCUACUGCUUGUGAAAGGGCAGGUCACCACUAAGUACUACCGUAUGCUGUCCAAGCACGGGGGUUGGGUGUGGGUGCAGAGCUACGCCACCAUUGUCCACAACAGCCGCUCGUCGCGUCCGCACUGCAUUGUGAGCGUCAACUACGUCCUGACGGAGAUAGAAUACAAGGAGCUGCAGAUGUCUCAGGAGCAGAGCAGAGCCACAAAGCCGUCUCUCUCCUACAAGGCUGGCCUGGCCUCCUCUCAGGACUCACGCAAACAGCUCAAGACCAAAGCAGUCAAGAUCAAAACCAAAAUCAAGAUGGUGCCCUACCCUCAGCCCAACAGCGCAUACCACCCAGACAAGCUGGACUGCUCCCCUCAAGGUGGAGGGUGGAAAGAAAGCCCUCCCUACUCCCUAACCCCCUGCCAGGAACAAAGUCCUGCCCCUGAAUCUGGGGAGGUCCCCUGUGGAGCACCGUAUGGCCUGUCCUUACCCUACUCCUAUGGACACCAGCACCAAGAGCCCCAGAGGAGGAUACGACCCACCGCCACCUCGCCUUCACUCUCACCCUCACCCGGCCAGGCUGCGCAUCAGCUGCUCAGCUCGCUGCAUGCCCGCGCAGGGGGCGAGGGCCACUGGAGUGGCCAACCCAAGACAAGUCACGGCCUCCGCCUGAGUCCGUCCUCUGCUGUGUCCUGCACAGCCAGCGCAGUUUACCCAGUGGGCACCCCAUCAACGUCAACAUCAAUGGUGAUGUCUAGCAGGAGGUACCCUGGCGAGACACACCAGGACAGCUUUUCCAGCUGUCCCACAUUACGUCCUAGCAGCAGGUUUAAAGAAGAGCCUUAUGAACACCACACACUCUGUCAGAGCAAGGCAUCCACCGAGGCCCAUCCCCUGGUGCAGCCCCAGCCACAGGUCUUUAAAGAGGACACCAAGCUACCGUUCAGCCGUGACCCCCUCCACAAGGGCUCCAGAGGUGGUGGUUGUUCCAUGGGGGAGAAUCCGCUGUCUUGCCCCCUGCUGAGUGGCUCUGCGGUGGGGAAGGGAAGCUGCGAGCAUCCCCGGUCUCUCCAUGGCUUGGGACAGCCCUUUCCUAUGCAGGUGGUGCUGGAGCAGAGGAGGAGACUGUGUAUGAUGGAGGCACCCUAUGCCAACACUGCCAGUGGACUCCUAGAUCAUUUGGACUGCAACGGGGAGAGGGGGCCCCCCAAGCUCCAGGAGCCUGAGGUGGGGGAGGAGGACAGACGGAUGUGGAUGGGGGUUGGGAUGGGGGUGGGUGUGGGCGUUGGAGUUGGCCUUCCAGCCCAGGCGCCUUACGUGUCGUUGAACCUUCACCAUGUCCUGGCCAAACACAGCCCCUUUCAGGCCCCGCCUUACACCGCUGCACUUAGCCACUUGACGGACAGCUACGGUUACCGCGCUGAAGAGAUGGUCUCGUAUGGCUACAAGGGCCAAAGCCCCGCCUCCAGCUCAUCCCCUGAGACACACAGGGAGAUCUCGCAUUACAUUGGCACAUCCGUCAUCAUUACCAAUGAGAGGUGACACGGCCCCUGGGUCAAAGGUCAUGGAGUGCCAAACAUUCGUGCUCAGACCUACAUCUGUGGGUCACUGUGACUGUCAGGUAUAGGAAGGGUCACAAUGACAGAAAUGUACUAGAAGUAUCAAUGACUACAAUAUCAGUGACUUUCGCGAUGUGCUAUUCUUGACAUCUCCUGAAUUUUCUAAUGGAUCUGUAUCGACAGGUGUUUUGUACACUGAAUAACCAAUGCCAGACUCUAAUCAAGGAUUAGCAAGUAAUUUCAGGUUUCUUGAAUAAUAUGAUAUCGUUUUGAAUACAGUUUAGCUAUUAGUGUAUGUAAUGCUUUGUGACUCUCGAGUUUAAAGCCAUUUCUUUUGAUAAAAUGUCACAGACCUUUCCUCCAUACAGGGUCAAUUCUGACAUGUAAUACUGUACACACUUUAAAUGAUAAAUUACAUUUUGAAGGGAAUUAUGCAAUGAUGUUGAUGCUAGAUUUGUGUUACGGGACAUCCUACACAGAUUUUGUGUUAGCAUUCAACACUGUUUAUAAUGAACUUUGGAUUUUUGUUGAAAAUUAAGCUGUAUUUCCAUUGACACGAGUGCUUAAGACAAUGCAAGAGAUUUAGUCAAAUGUUAUAUUGAAGGUAGCAAGCCUGUUCAAAGUGCAAUCCCCAGUGCCAAUUGCAAUUGAUAAACUAGUUCCAAGACGCUUUAUGCUUCUCUUCAAAUGAAAUUAAAAUAUAUUAAAUUUAGAUACGUCAUUAACAAGCGACAAGUGCUGUUCUUCUUUGGAUUAAUUGAACUGGAAAUGACUGAUGCAAAAUAGCUCAAAUGGAGUUUGUACCUCCCUGUCUCAAAGCCAUCAUGAUUUUAUUUAAUAUUUCUUUACCAUGGAUAAAUUAAAAAAGUGUAUUUAUUGUCAUGCAAACAUAGCAGCUUGCUUAUUUAUGUAAAAAAAAACAGGGUCUAUCUUGUGUAAAAGUGAAAAUAUCAACUGCAAUGGAAAAAUGUAAUAAAGA